AUGAUCUCUCGCCGCUCGUCAUCAAAACAUCAUGAGAUGGCAUUCAAAAACAAAGCGGUCGACUCGAAGACCGUAGUGUUCAACCUGCUGCUGUGCCUGCUCAUCUUCUAUGCUCUGUUUUACAUGAUUGCCAGUGUUUGUUUCGGUGCUUUCAGGUUGGAUAACUUCGAUGGCCGAAUACCUUUUGACUUCAAAACAAAGCUGGAGGACUCCACCUCGAAGUACCUAGUCAACCUGCUGUCCUUGGAGCUCACUUACUUCUGCUGUGGCUUGCUGUUUGCCGCCGUCGUGAAGAAAAGGGUGUGGGACUAUGCCUUCACUGUCACACUUCUGCAUAUCAUCAUCACCAGCCUUGUGAUGCUGGAGUUUCCCCUAACAUGGCAGUGGUGGUUGGCUUUAGGUUGCGGCUUGCUUCUGAUGAUCUGCAAUGGUCAGCUGAUUGCUUACUUCGCCUGCCAGGAUGACCAAAGCUAUGUUACGUUUGCCAUUUAA